UACCCUACAGAGUUCAUCGAAGCAACGUUGCGAUGUCUUCAAAGGAGAAACUGCGUAAUGCGCAAUAGCUGCUGGUCUCCAGUGCGCCUUGUCAGUCCAUCAUGCUGUGACACUUAUCGUUUCGAAAGCAGCAGCGCACCACACAGAGAGAGAACGAGCAGGAGAGAAUGGAGAGAAGUGAAGAGAACGACGAUGAAGCCUCCUCGUCCUCGUCCCAGCAAAACACAAUGUGGAAACAAUUUCAAGCGAGAGCCAAACCCAUCCUUAGCCCCAAACUCAGCGCCAGAAACACAGAUGAGAAAAAGGAGAAGGGAUCAUUGUGGAUGUUUCGGAAGAAGAAAAAAAACCCUGUUUUGGAUCGGGUGAUCUCCUCCUCACAGCCCGACCUAUUCUCUGAACCGGUGGGUUUGGACUUGCAGGAGUCGCCCCUCUGCGGCAAAGUGGACCCGAGCACCAGCCACAGCUCCAGACAGGCGGGCGAAGAGCCGAUGCAGCCCGACACACAGAGAGUCGUUGGCGGCUCGGGAAUCCCGAAGCCCACGCUAGUACAGCUGGUGCAAUCCCACCACAAGAGCUCCUCGCUGGGGUCCUCGUGCCUGGAGAGGCUGGUUGCGGACCCUUCAGCGAGUGGUAGUGACAGCGAUGUAGGAGAGAAGGAGGCACAGCUGGAUAAAGCUGACCUGCAGGUUAUGGGUGCCACUGGUGCCUCUGGGGUUAACUCGGACAGAGCUCUGCCCAGCUCAGAGAUGUACCAGCUGGACAUAGUGCUGAAGAGAGGACACAACCUGGCCAUACGGGACAGAGGAGGUACCAGUGAUCCAUAUGUGAAGUUUAAGCUGUGCGGGAAGGAGGUGUUUCGCAGUAAGACCAUCCACAAGAACCUUAACCCUGUCUGGGACGAGGGGACUAAACUACUGGUGGACAGUCUGCAGGAACCUCUUUAUGUCAAGGUGUUUGACUAUGACUUCGGCCUUCAGGAUGACUUCAUGGGUUCAGCUUACCUCUACCUGGAGUCCCUGGAGCAACAGCGGGCAAUACCAGUUAAUCUAACACUGCAGGACCCUCACUACCCUGAUGUAGACCUGGGAACACUGGAGCUGACUGUCACCUUAAGGCCUAAAGACGGCUCCAUAGAGGAGCCACACAGAGAUGCCACUACCAUGCUGCUCAAACGGACCUGGAGGCGAUCCAGUAAGCAGCAGUCCGUGCGUCUGGCAGAGCUGCACCGUAAGCACCAGCUGUGGAGAGGCAUCGUCAGCAUCUCUCUGAUCGAAGGUCGUGACCUUUGCCCCAUGGACCCCAACGGCCUCAGUGACCCCUAUGCGAAGUUCAGACUGGGAAACCAGAAGUACAGGAGCAAGACCAUGCCUAAGACGCUGUGUCCCCAGUGGAGAGAGCAGUUUGAUCUGCACCUGUAUGAAGAGACAGGAGGAGUGCUGGAAAUUGCAGUCUGGGACAAAGAUACAGGACGCAGGGAUGACUUCAUAGGACGCUGUACAUUAGACUUGUCCACCCUUGCUAAGGAACACACCCAUCGGUUAGAGCUGGCGUUGGAGGAGUCCCGGGGCUCUGUGGUGCUGCUGCUCACUCUGACAGCCUCCUCACACGUCUCCAUCGCCGACCUGUCACUCACCCCGCUCGACGACCCCAUCGAACGCAGGGAGAUCAUGGGCCGAUAUGGCAUGUUCCGGCCCCUGUCUAACCUGAAAGAUGUGGGGAUAGUUCAGGUCAAGGUGAUGAGAGCUGAGGGCCUCAUGGCUGCCGAUGUCACAGGUAAGAGUGAUCCUUUCUGUGUUUUGGAGCUGAAUAACGAUCGGUUACAAACACACACCAUCUACAAGAACCUCAACCCGGAAUGGAACAAAGUCUUCACCUUUAAUGUGAAGGACAUCCACUCUGUGUUGGAGGUGACAGUGUUUGAUGAAGACCGAGACAGGAGCGCUGACUUCUUGGGCAAAGUGGCCAUCCCACUGUUACAUAUCCAGAAUGGAGAACAGAAGGGUUAUGUAUUGAAGAAUAAGGAGAUGACCGGACCAACUAAAGGACUCAUCUACCUAGAGUCUGACGUCAUCUAUAGCACUGUGAAGGCAGGCUUGAGGACGAUAGUUCCACCAGAGCAGAAGUACAUUGAGGAAGAACCCAAAGUGUCUAAACAUUUGCUCCAGCAGAACUUUAACCGAGUGAAGAGGUGCAUCUUGUUCGUGAUAAACAUUGGAACCUUCAUUAACAGCUGCUUUGAGUGGGACUCCCCUCAGAGGAGCAUCAGUGCCUUCCUGUUCUUUGUGGUAGUAGUGUGGAACUUUGAGCUCUAUAUGGUGCCUGGAGCUCUGCUGCUGCUGUUGACGUGGAAUUACUUCAUCACUGCAGGCAGGGAGUCGGGAGACACGGCAGGGGAAGCCACGUUCGAGUGGGAGGAAGAGGAAGAGGAGAAAGAUGACAAGGAUUCGGAGCGUAAGGGCUUCAUGGAUAAGCUGUAUGCCCUCCAGGACGUGUGUGUCAGUGUACAGAGUGCCUUGGAUGACGUGGCCUCCUAUGGAGAGAGGAUAAAGAAUACAUUUAACUGGACAGUGCCUUUCCUGAGUUGGCUGGCUAUAUCUGUUCUGUGUGUGGCUACAGUCCUCCUCUACCUCAUCCCUCUGCGAUACCUCGUGCUCGCCUGGGGUGUGAAUAAGUUUACUAAGAAGCUCAGGAAUCCAUACCUGAUCGAAAACAAUGAGGUGCUAGACUUCCUCUCUAGAGUCCCCUCAGACGUACAAGUGAUGCAGUAUCGGGAGCUGAAGUUCGAUCCAGGACAGAGCCCCAGCAAACGAAAGAAGACCAACCCUGGCUAGACACACACUGGACUCUGUCUCUGGGGGAUUUUCAACUCCCCCAUACUUUGUAAAUAGGGUACGCAACUGUAAACAUUGUAAAACAAAUAGUAUAGAAUUAUUUUAUAUGAUGAAUAUUUCAUCAUUCCGAUUAAGACUAGUGCUAGUUUUAUUUUGUAUGUUUUAGUUAUUGUGGAAGUCACAGCACAAAGAGAUGUUUUUUUUACUCAUUUUCUUUGUUUGGUCACAAUAUCAUUUUAUACAACGGGUCCAAACACUUCUGAAUUUUUUUAAUGGAAAGACUCCCUUCUGGAGACGUGUGCUUUCCUCCGACUAGAUACCUGGACACCUGGACAAGAUCAGCACAGGGACACACUAGCCUCCAGGACUAUGUUGCCAGUUAUAAUAACAAGGUUUUUAAUAAAGAUUUCUACAGAGAUAUAUACAAAUAUAUGUAUGUGUAUAACGAAGAGUAUGCAUUUAUAUCAAAGAGCAUAUACGUAUGUACUGUGUAUGUUUGUCAAAUCAAAUCAAAAAAAAUAUUGAUCACAUACACAUAUUUAGCAGAUGUUUUUGCGAGUUUCGAAAUGCUUGUAUAAUAGAAAGAAAUAAUUCAAAGUUGCUAUUGGUGCCAUCUUGGCCCUAGUCUGAAUUUCUGCAGGUUUGUUUUUAACGUACAGAGAACAGUGAGUCUUCUUGUAAAACUCUUCUGUUUCUUUGGUCCAGACACAUGUUUUAUAUGAGCAUCUGCCAUUGAAUACCCCGAAGAACAUGGCUGACGUUUUACAUUCUCCCAACCAAUUGUGCUAUUUUGUUAUUUUUUUGUAACUUAUUUUUUAAACUUAUUGUGUACAUGUUACUGCUACCGUCUCUAAUGACCGAAAAUAACUUUUGGACAUCAGAAAAGCGAUUGCUCACCUCAGUCUGGAAGAAACUUUUUCCUUUAACAGGUCCGAUGAGAAGGAUAUCCUGCUUUCACUGGAACAGGCCCAGAUCCCACGCCUUUUGCUUGAAAAAAAGACGCCGGAAAAGGGGCCGCAGAUCGGGGAUUCUUCGGAGAAUCCGGAGGUGAACGAGUAAACUCCCACUGCCUUCCAUUCUUCUCGCUAACGUGCAAUCAAUGGACAAUAAAAUUGGCGACCUACGAUAAAGAUUAUCCAACCAACGGGACAUCUUAUGUUUCACAGAGAUGUUGCUGAACGAAGAUACAGACAAUAUAGAGCUAGCAGGAUUUUCCAUGCACCGGCAGAACAUAGACACUACCUCUGGUAAAACGAGGGGUGGGGGUGUGUGUCUUUUUGUCAAUAACAGCUGGUGCGCGAUGUCUAAUAUUAAAGAAGUCUUGAGGUAUUGCUCUCCUGAGGUAGAGUACCUUAUAAUAAGCUGUAGACCACACUAUCUACCAAGAGAGUUCUCAUCUGUAUUAUUCGUUGCCGUCUAUUUACCACCACAAAAUGAACCUGGCACUAAGACGGCUCUCAACCAACUCUUUAAGGCUAUAAGCAAAGAAGAAAAUGCUCGCACAGAAGCGGCGCUCCUAGUUGCCGGGGACUUUAAUGCAGGCAAACUUAAAUCAGUUUUACCCUAUUUUUAUCAGCAUGUCACAUGUGCAAUCCUAGACCGCCUUUACUCCACACACAGAGAUGCAUACAAAGCUCUCCCCCGCCCUCCAUUUGGCCAAUCUGACCAUAAUUAUAUCCUCCUGAUUCCUGCUUACAAACAAAAACUAAAGCAAGAAGUACCAGUGACUCGGUCAAUACAGAAGUGGUCAGAUGACGCAGAUGCUACACUACAGCCCUGUUUUUCUAGCACAGACUGGAAUAUGUUCCGGGAUUCAUCCAAUGGCAUUGGGGAAUACACCACCUCAGUCAUCGGCUUCAUCAAUAUGUGCAUUGAUGACGUCGUCCCCACAGUGACUACAUAUCCCAACCAGAAGCCAUGGAUUACAGGCAACAUCCGCAUCGGGGCGGCAGCGUAGCCUAGUGGUUAGAGCGUUGGACUAGUAACCGAAAGGUUGCAAGAUCCAAUCCCCAAGCUGACAAGAUACAAAUCUGUCGUUCUGCCCCAGAACAAGGCAGUUAACCCACUGUUCCUAGGCCGUCAUUGAAUAUGAGAACUUUGUCUUAACUGACCUGCCUAGCUAAAUAAAGGUUAAAAAAAUAUGUAAAUUUAAAAAAUUGAGCUAAAGGCUAGAGCUGCCGCUUUCAAGGAGCGGGAGACUAAUCCGGAUACUUAUAAGAAAUCCUGCUAUGCCCUCAAGACGAACCAUCAAACAAGGAAAGCAUCAAUACAGGAUUAAGAUUGAAUCCUACUACACCGGCUCAGACGCUCAUCAGAUGUGGCAGGGCUUGAAAACUAUUACGGACGACAAAGGGAAACCCAGACGCGAGCUGCCCGGUGACGCGAGCCUACCAGAUGAGCUAAAUACCUUUUAUGCUUGCCUCGAGAAAAGCAACACUGAAGCAUGCAUGAAGAGCACCAGCUGUUCAGUAGCCGAUGUGAACAAAACCUUUAAACAGUUCAAGAUUCACAAAUCCGCUGGGCCAGACGGAUUACCAGGACGUGUACUCAAAGCAUGCGCGGACCAACUGUCAAGUGUCUUCACUGACAUUUUCAACCUCUCCUUGACCGAGUCUGUAAUACCUACAUGUUUCAAGCAGACCACCAUAGUACCUGUGCCCAAGGAAGCAAAGGUAACCUGCCUAAAUGAUUAUCGCCCCGUGGCACGUCGGUAGCCAUGAAGUGCUUUGAAAGGCUGGUCAUAGCUCACAUCAACAGCAUCCUCCCGGACACCAUAGACCCAUAGUGCCCACAAAGCUCAUCACUAAGCUAUGGACUCUAGGACUAAACACCUCUCUCUGCAACUGGAUCCUGGACUUCCUGACAGGCCGCCCCCAGGUGGUAAGAGUAGGCAACAACACGUCUGCCACACUGAUCUUUAACACUGGGGCCCCUCAGAGUUGUGUACUUAGUCCCCUCCUGUUUUCCCUGUUCUCCCACGACUGCAUGGCCAAACACGACUCCAACACUAUCAUUAAGUUUGCUGACGACACAACAGUGGUAGGUCUGAUCACCGACAACGAUGAGACAGCAUAUAGGGAGGAGGUCAGAGAACUGUCAGUGUGGUGCCAGGACAACAACGUCUCCCUCAAUGUGAGCAAGACCAAGGAGCUGAUCGUGGACUACAGGAAAAGGUGGGCCGAACAGGCCCACAUUAACAUCCAUGGGGCUGUAGUGGAGCGGUUCGAGAGUUUCAAGUUCCUUGGUGUCCACAUCACCAGCGAACUAUCAUGGUCCAACCAUACCAAGACAGUUGUGAAGAGGGCACGACAAAACCUUUCCCACCCAGACUCCAGCCACCCAAGUUAUAGACUCGUUUUCUCUGCUACUGCACGGCAAGCAGUACUUGAGCACCAAAUCUAGGACCAAAAGUCUCAAAAGUCAGCUUCUAUCCCCAAGCCAUAAGACUGCUGAACAAUUCAUAAAAUCGCCACUGGAAAAUGUACAUUGACCACCCCCCUCCCUUUUGUACACUCGCUGUUUGUUUGUUACCUAUGCAUAGCCACUUCGCCCCCACCUACAUGUACAGAUUACCUCAACUAGCCCCUGCACACUGACUCAGUACCGGUGCCCCCUGUAUAUACUCGUUUAUGUUAUUGUGUUACUUUCUAUUAUUACUUUUUACUUUAGUCUACUUGGUAAAUACUUUCUUCUUGAACUGCACUGUUGGUUAAGGGCUUGUAAGUAAGCAUUUCACGGUAAAGUCUACACUUGUAUUCGGCGCAUGUGACAAAUAAAAUUUGAUUUGAUUUGACUGAACUUGGACUGCUAGCAGAAUCAUCUAGGGAGUCAAUGCAUUCUAACUUAGAAUGCUAAAGGUUAUUUUACAAUGUCAGUGUCUCGCAUGAAUCUGAACCUGUGAGAAAGGGCAUUUAUGUAUGUGAUAUGUGGAGUGCAUAGUCAUUGUGUGUGUUGCAUGAGUGUGUGUCGCAUCCCGAAGUCAGUACAAAGGCUUGUUGACAGUGUAUUUGCAUUUAUCCCAAGAAUAGUCUUUUUCUUUAACAUCAACUCCCAUCAAAGGUUUCGUCCUGGUUCUCAUGUGAUUUUACCUGAUCAGGAGGUUAACCUGUGAUGUGUGUGUUUAUAAACAUUCAUUGGCAGAUCAUGGGUUGAAUGUGAACUGACAGUGUGCUCUUAUCGGAGAACACGUCCGUGAAAGGUUUAUGACCACAGGUUUACCAUAGAGUGAGGUCACUGCACACGUUGGUGGUGUCCACAAAAAGUACCUGAUGAAAUGAAGAGGACAGAGACUCACACCUGGAACAGUAUAUGCUUUGUUUUAAUGAAGAAUCAAUACAGGAAUAGCAGGUUUACAACAUGAGCUCGGUCGGCUGAAGCCAAAAUCAUGAGAUCAUCCUCUGAUAAUGUUGGUGAAUGUGAAAUACAUUUGUAAUGUUUAAUUUUCUGUCUCUGUCUGCAUAGACCAUGUUCAUAAAUUAUUGUUGUACCGCUGUGACUGUUAAUGCCUGAUGCUGAAGGAAUUCUGUAUGGUCUGCCUGAAACAGUAUAUAAAGACCAUGUAACUGGAGCAAAAAUCAUUUGUAUAGAGAGUCUUACUGUGGGUGUGCUCAGAGGCGGAAGGAUCGUGGGAAGAUUUCCUGCUAAUGGGGUGGCACUACGUGCACAGAGCCAUAAUCUAAAUAUAUGGCUCUGGGUGUGCUGUUCUCUCUGCUUCAUAAACCACAUUUACAUCUACAGUUUUUAUGCGAGUAAAGUCAUAUCGUAUUUUUUUUAAAUCACAACUGUGAUGGAAACAGGUUGUUUCGGUACAAUUUUAUAAAUGCAGAGAGAUCAUGUG